AUGCGUACCCCCGUAGCGCUCCUCAGCCUCACGUGGCUGGGCCUCCUUGGUCUGGCAGCUGGCCAGGCGACGAACGCGACCAGCGGGACCAUCACGGUGCCGACGCUGGCGCCAACCACUCUGCCGCCUGUGACUGUCGACUUGACCAACUUUACGACGGCCAAGAAUCUUAUCUCGGCCGACUCGCCUGUCUGCCGCUACCACGACCGCCCGUGCGUGCAGCUGCCGACGAUGACCAACAACCCGCUGCCCGCGACGACGCGGUACACCAACUUUUCGACCGCUGCGGCGACCGACCCGACGGUCUGCAACGACCCGUACAGCGCGUGUGUGCCCACAAACCUCUAUGUGCCCAACGCGACCGUGCUCGCCAACGGCUCGGUGAGCGUCAGUUUCUUGCUCAUUCGCACGGAUCUGCUCCAGUCGGACGCAGCGAGCCAGCUCUACUUGUCGUUCAAGCUCGAUAAUGCGUCGUACGUGUCGCAGUCCGUGUUGAUGAUUGAUGGCGCGCUGGCCACGCCGGCCUGCGACCUGUAUGUCUUCAACUGCUCGAGCACAAAGCAAGUGACGUACGUGCCAAGCUCAUUGGCGCCGUCGCCGGCGACGACGCUCGCGCAAGUGAAUUUUCUCUUGCAGCCGUACGCCGACACGGCGCUCAUCACGGUCGAGCGCUACAACAAGGACUCAACCAAGCCGAUGCUGCUCGUCGCGUCCAUGGCGCUGCCGCGGUUGCCGCCGACGCCGAUCGCCCAGCCCACGAUCGCGAGCGAGGAGCGUCCGGCGCAGCUCAUUACGUCGUUUGAGAUGCCGCCGGCUGCGAUUGCAUACAAGCAGACGAUGCUGUGCAUCAACCUCAAGUCGUCGUCGUGCCAGGAUGCGACAACGGCCCAAACCGCUUCGUACCACAACAUCUCGACGAUGACCCUGGACGUGGUCAACGACAACAGCUGGAUCAGCCGGCCCGUGGUGCUAGACCACUUCAACGAGACUGCGCUCUGCGUGCAUUUGCGCUGGAACUUGACGAACUUGUCGCCGUUUCCGCGCAUCGGGCUGGUCGUCAACAAUACGUACCUUCGGUCUGGCAACUACUUUAUGAACCUCUCGUCCUUGACGGAAAUGUCGUUCACAUCCAACAACACGCUUCUCGCGACGAGCUGCGUCGUCGCGGCCCCGUACCCCGCCCCCCCACUCUUGAGCCAGCAAGUGCCCGACAACCUCUGGACUGUCAUUGCGGUCGUGGUCUACGUCUUUGCGUUUCUCGCAGCGCUCGUGCUCGUGCGCAUGAAUGGUCUUGGUGUCACGAGCACGACCGUAUAUACGGACAUUGCGUCCAUCUCGGUGCUCUUCGUGCUCCUCUUGUCGCUUGCGAUGCAGUUUUACUGGCUGUCGGUGCUCAACCGCCUCACCAAGACGGGCAAGACGCAAGAAGUCGCAUUCCUCGUUGCGGUCCUCGACAACAUUCGCAGCGCGGCGGUCUGGAGUCUCCUUGUCUCGAUUGCGAUCCAUUGGCUCACGGCGUACCACCCCAAGUUUCGCCAAGCGCACAUGAAGUCUACUGUCUGGCUCGGGUGGAUGGUCGCCAUGGCGCUCUACGUCGUAUUGCUCGUGUGGCACCUUUCCCAGAACUUUCCGUUCCUCAAGUGCACGUACAUCGACUACCUCCUCAACCGCAAUCCCGCCGGCGACUACUACAUUGCGCUGCUCGAGCCGCUCGAGUGGUGGCACGCCGGUGACGUGGCGUGUCGGAGCUCGGCCAGCGGCUUUCAGACGACGUUCCUUUUGCUGCACGCGUUCCACCUCUUUGUGCUCUUGUGCGUCUGCCUUCUCGGGUCGCUCCUCAUUCGGCAGGGCCUCGGCAUGGCCGUGGACUCGAUGGAAAGUUCGCGAGUCUACAACGGCGCGCUCCUGUACCUCGUCAUCACUGUGCUGAGCUUUGUGGUGUUUCUCGGCAUCCAGCACGGGCUGCACAUGUACCUCUACCUGCACGACGACAAGAUCAACAUCCUUGUGUGGCUCUUCCUUGGCGAGUUUUGCCCGACCUUGAUUCCGUGCAUGGGGUUCCUCGUGCUGCAGUGGAACUCGAAGCUCUUUCAGCUCGGCGGGCAGUCGUCGUCGCUCAACACGUUCACAGCGCCGCGCCAAGCUGCUGAGACUGCGGACGCCGAAGACAUUGACUGGAAAUCGACGAUCGCGUGCGGCGAGUUUGACGACUCGAACAUGGACGAAGAAGCCCAGCAGUUCGAGUACCUUCGCAUGCAGCGCACAAACCUCAGCGCGCUCCACAGCUCGAUGUCGCUCGCGCACCAGCAGAGCAAGAGCCGAUUGAGCUCGAUCGACAGCAACGACACGAUGGUUGCGCUCUGCUUGCAGCUCUACUUUCCCGAAGCCACGACUGCGAGCACGCACGCGUUUGUGGAAGUGUACCAGUCGACGGACGCCGCGGUGAUGGGCGACGACUACGACGACGUCCCGCGGCGGUCCUCGAUGCGCACAGGUGGCCUCUUUGAGUCGCUCAUGGAGAAUGCCGCGACGCGCCGCCGGGCGUCGGCGAUGCACGCGCAUCCGACGCCGCUCAACUGGAUCCGCCGCGGCUUUACCGAGACGGCGUUGAGCCAGCAGUACCAGUUUGGCUUUUGCACCGGGUUUAGCUCCGUCUUGUACGUGCCGGUCGAGAAGCCGUCGACUCUGCGGUUUCUCGUGUACGAAAUGGACCUCGAUGCGCCGCGCGUGCUCGCCGAGUACGUCUGUCCGAUGGAGCACUUGCUGCAGUCGACGAAUGCGAUCGCGACGCUGUCGCCGACCGAGCGGUCGCAGGAGCCGCUCGUCUUGCGCCCGUCGAGCAUUUUGCAAGAGGAGCCGGACGCAGUGCUGAGUUUGACGCGCCGCUUCAGCUUUUUCGGGAACCGCCGGCACACGAAAGCGCGCGCAACGUCGGCGUCCGGCGUGUCCAACAUUUUGAACGUCGUCAACCACCCGGUGCUGCCCGUGCUCAAGCUCAAGCCGACGCUCGUCUCGGGCGGCGACGAGCACCACCACCUCGUGGGCACGUCGGCGUUUGGGCUUCAGACGUCGUCGUCGUUCUGCACGGCCAAACACUUUCAGUUUGGCGAUGACGCGACCUCGGAUGGCAUCCACGUGGUCGAAGAGCUCCUCGAGUCGGUGCUGCCGAAUGAGAUUUGCCGGCAGUACCUCGAGCAAACGCUCAUGCAGCGCAACGCGGCCUUGUCGCUCGCACAGAGCGACUUGCGCCAUUUCGAAGUGCUUCGCGCGGAGAAGACGAGCUACACCAACAUCAUCGACCAGAUCCAGGGCGAGGCCGACUUGCAGCUCAUCCAGCAGUGGCUCGAGCAGCGUGUCGCCAAGCGCACCGAGUACUGCGCGUUUUUGACCGAGUGCAUUGGCUUGUACCACGAGCGGUCGCAGGCGUCGCUCUACUUUAAGAAGAGCGUCGAGAAGAAGGAAACGCGCCUCCGCUUCUUGCCGACCAACCUCCACGUUCAAGAAUUUUGGGUCGGACCAAUGCAGCCGCUCCAGUCGGAACUCGGCCGACGCACGAGCAGCGACGUGCAGCUCUACGAGACGAUCACGGUCGGCGCGUUCGCGGCCCACAACUGCAAGUUCCGCCAGACGAUCCCGACGCUGCAAGCGCAGCUCGAGGCGAUGGCGGCGCCGCGCGAAAGCGGGAGCGACCACAUGUCGCCGGAUGUGGCGACGCCGCCGCUGCUCAAACAGACGUCGUCGCAGCGUCUCCAGGACGACUGGCGCGACGAGCAGGCCCGACUCCGCGACGAGAUCGAGUGGACGCUGCGCUUGCGUGAAGACGAGUGCCACGCGCAGGCGCUCGCCGCGCUCGUCACGUCGUUUUGCCGGCACUUGGAGAAGGCCAUGAUGCCGUCGUCCGGGAAGCUCCUCGCGUAUCUCGACCACCUCUACGCGGUCGGGUACCUCUUCCAGGUCGAGAGUCUGCUCAGCGACCACGGGAAGGAGAAGGCCAUGCUCCAAGACUUCAGCGCCGCGACGUCGUGGCUGACCAACGUUCGGUUCGAGUUGGAUCUGUGUGCCAAGCACCCCAAGCAAACGAGCAAGGCGACGUCGUUGCAUCUGCACUUGCACGAAGUGGCUGUCCCGGGUGUUCUCUCGGUGCGCUUGAGUCCGUCGCCGCAGCAGAACGGGUUUACGGUGGUCGUGGGCAUUUAUUGCGAAGCGUCGCAGGUCGAGCUGCAGCAGCGACUCGCGGUCGGGCAUCGCAGCAUUGCGGUCACGCCCAUCUUCUUCACCCAAGGCAUCAACGAGAUGCAGACGCUCGCCAACAAGUCGACGCUCCAGAAGGACACGGUGCAGGACCUCAUCAACCUCGCCAACCUUGAGAGCCUCAAGAGCUUUGUCGACCGGUACGUGGCCUUUGCGCCGCUCGAGAAGGACGACGUGAUUGCUGCAUUCGAACACCUCUCGACGCUCAUUGCGGCGGCCAAGAACGAGUACGUUAAGAAGAAGCACCCGGAGAUCCUCCAGGUGGCCGGGCACCUCACGCGCCGCCUCGAUGGCGGACGUGUCGUGAGCUGCAAGAGCGCAAAGGACCGCACCGCCAUGAGCGUCACGCUCGAACAAGGCUGGGUCUUGCAAGCACUCUACCAUGUGGAUGCAGCGACAUCCCGCCGGGCGGUGGCCACCAUGCGCAGCUACGGCGUGCGCAUGGACUGCGUCGAGAAGAACAUUGGGAAGCGCCAGUAUGCCUUCAACUCGCUCCAGCGCUCGAUGCUGCCCGAGGCGUACCGCUGCCCCGAAGGCACGUUUGGGAAGGGCAAUGUGAGCUAGAUCGCACACUAUUUCGAUUCAUACACACCUUUUGCAACUUCAACA